AUGGGGUGCCGGAGGGGCAUAUGUCAGCAGGAGGUGCAUGGGGUGCCGGAGGGGCAUAUGUCAGCAGGAGGUGCAUGGGGUGCCGGAGGGGCAUAUGUCAGCAGGAGGUGCAUGGGGUGCCGGAGGGGCAUAUGUCAGCAGGAGGUGCAUGGGGUGCCGGAGGGGCAUAUGUCAGCAGGAGGUGCAUGGGGUGCCGGAGGGGCAUAUCAGGAGGUGCAUGGGGUGCCGGAGGGGCAUAUGUCAGCAGGAGGUGCAUGGGGUGCCGGAGGGGCAUAUGUCAGCAGGAGGUGCAUGGGGUGCCGGAGGGGCAUAUGUCAGCAGGAGGUGCAUGGGGUGCCGGAGGGGCAUAUGUCAGCAGGAGGUGCAUGGGGUGCCGGAGGGGCAUAUGUCAGCAGGAGGUGCAUGGGGUGCCGGAGGGGCAUAUGUCAGCAGGAGGUGCAUGGGGUGCCGGAGGGGCAUAUGUCAGCAGGAGGUGCAUGGGGUGCCGGAGGGGCAUAUGUCAGCAGGAGGUGCAUGGGGUGCCGGAGGGGCAUAUGUCAGCAGGAGGUGCAUGGGGUGCCGGAGGGGCAUAUGUCAGCAGGAGGUGCAUGGGGUGCCGGAGGGGCAUAUGUCAGCAGGAGGUGCAUGGGGUGCCGGAGGGGCAUAUGUCAGCAGGAGGUGCAUGGGGUGCCGGAGGGGCAUAUGUCAGCAGGAGGUGCAUGGGGUGCCGGAGGGGCAUAUGUCAGCAGGAGGUGCAUGGGGUGCCGGAGGGGCAUAUGUCAGCAGGAGGUGCAUGGGGUGCCGGAGGGGCAUAUGUCAGCAGGAGGUGCAUGGGGUGCCGGAGGGGCAUAUGUCAGCAGGAGGUGCAUGGGGUGCCGGAGGGGCAUAUGUCAGCAGGAGGUGCAUGGGGUGCCGGAGGGGCAUAUGUCAGCAGGAGGUGCAUGGGGUGCCGGAGGGGCAUAUGUCAGCAGGAGGUGCAUGGGGUGCCGGAGGGGCAUAUGUCAGCAGGAGGUGCAUGGGGUGCCGGAGGGGCAUAUGUCAGCAGGAGGUGCAUGGGGUGCCGGAGGGGCAUAUGUCAGCAGGAGGUGCAUGGGGUGCCGGAGGGGCAUAUGUCAGCAGGAGGUGCAUGGGGUGCCGGAGGGGCAUAUGUCAGCAGGAGGUGCAUGGGGUGCCGGAGGGGCAUAUGUCAGCAGGAGGUGCAUGGGGUGCCGGAGGGGCAUAUGUCAGCAGGAGGUGCAUGGGGUGCCGGAGGGGCAUAUGUCAGCAGGAGGUGCAUGGGGUGCCGGAGGGGCAUAUGUCAGCAGGAGGUGCAUGGGGUGCCGGAGGGGCAUAUGUCAGCAGGAGGUGCAUGGGGUGCCGGAGGGGCAUAUGUCAGCAGGAGGUGCAUGGGGUGCCGGAGGGGCAUAUGUCAGCAGGAGGUGCAUGGGGUGCCGGAGGGGCAUAUGUCAGCAGGAGGUGCAUGGGGUGCCGGAGGGGCAUAUGUCAGCAGGAGGUGCAUGGGGUGCCGGAGGGGCAUAUGUCAGCAGGAGGUGCAUGGGGUGCCGGAGGGGCAUAUGUCAGCAGGAGGUGCAUGGGGUGCCGGAGGGGCAUAUGUCAGCAGGAGGUGCAUGGGGUGCCGGAGGGGCAUAUGUCAGCAGGAGGUGCAUGGGGUGCCGGAGGGGCAUAUGUCAGCAGGAGGUGCAUGGGGUGCCGGAGGGGCAUAUGUCAGCAGGAGGUGCAUGGGGUGCCGGAGGGGCAUAUGUCAGCAGGAGGUGCAUGGGGUGCCGGAGGGGCAUAUGUCAGCAGGAGGUGCAUGGGGUGCCGGAGGGGCAUAUGUCAGCAGGAGGUGCAUGGGGUGCCGGAGGGGCAUAUGUCAGCAGGAGGUGCAUGGGGUGCCGGAGGGGCAUAUGUCAGCAGGAGGUGCAUGGGGUGCCGGAGGGGCAUAUGUCAGCAGGAGGUGCAUGGGGUGCCGGAGGGGCAUAUGUCAGCAGGAGGUGCAUGGGGUGCCGGAGGGGCAUAUGUCAGCAGGAGGUGCAUGGGGUGCCGGAGGGGCAUAUGUCAGCAGGAGGUGCAUGGGGUGCCGGAGGGGCAUAUGUCAGCAGGAGGUGCAUGGGGUGCCGGAGGGGCAUAUGUCAGCAGGAGGUGCAUGGGGUGCCGGAGGGGCAUAUGUCAGCAGGAGGUGCAUGGGGUGCCGGAGGGGCAUAUGUCAGCAGGAGGUGCAUGGGGUGCCGGAGGGGCAUAUGUCAGCAGGAGGUGCAUGGGGUGCCGGAGGGGCAUAUGUCAGCAGGAGGUGCAUGGGGUGCCGGAGGGGCAUAUGUCAGCAGGAGGUGCAUGGGGUGCCGGAGGGGCAUAUGUCAGCAGGAGGUGCAUGGGGUGCCGGAGGGGCAUAUGUCAGCAGGAGGUGCAUGGGGUGCCGGAGGGGCAUAUGUCAGCAGGAGGUGCAUGGGGUGCCGGAGGGGCAUAUGUCAGCAGGAGGUGCAUGGGGUGCCGGAGGGGCAUAUGUCAGCAGGAGGUGCAUGGGGUGCCGGAGGGGCAUAUGUCAGCAGGAGGUGCAUGGGGUGCCGGAGGGGCAUAUGUCAGCAGGAGGUGCAUGGGGUGCCGGAGGGGCAUAUGUCAGCAGGAGGUGCAUGGGGUGCCGGAGGGGCAUAUGUCAGCAGGAGGUGCAUGGGGUGCCGGAGGGGCAUAUGUCAGCAGGAGGUGCAUGGGGUGCCGGAGGGGCAUAUGUCAGCAGGAGGUGCAUGGGGUGCCGGAGGGGCAUAUGUCAGCAGGAGGUGCAUGGGGUGCCGGAGGGGCAUAUGUCAGCAGGAGGUGCAUGGGGUGCCGGAGGGGCAUAUGUCAGCAGGAGGUGCAUGGGGUGCCGGAGGGGCAUAUGUCAGCAGGAGGUGCAUGGGGUGCCGGAGGGGCAUAUGUCAGCAGGAGGUGCAUGGGGUGCCGGAGGGGCAUAUGUCAGCAGGAGGUGCAUGGGGUGCCGGAGGGGCAUAUGUCAGCAGGAGGUGCAUGGGGUGCCGGAGGGGCAUAUGUCAGCAGGAGGUGCAUGGGGUGCCGGAGGGGCAUAUGUCAGCAGGAGGUGCAUGGGGUGCCGGAGGGGCAUAUGUCAGCAGGAGGUGCAUGGGGUGCCGGAGGGGCAUAUGUCAGCAGGAGGUGCAUGGGGUGCCGGAGGGGCAUAUGUCAGCAGGAGGUGCAUGGGGUGCCGGAGGGGCAUAUGUCAGCAGGAGGUGCAUGGGGUGCCGGAGGGGCAUAUGUCAGCAGGAGGUGCAUGGGGUGCCGGAGGGGCAUAUGUCAGCAGGAGGUGCAUGGGGUGCCGGAGGGGCAUAUGUCAGCAGGAGGUGCAUGGGGUGCCGGAGGGGCAUAUGUCAGCAGGAGGUGUAUGGGGUGCCGGAGGGGCAUAUGUCAGCAGGAGGUGCAUGGGGUGCCGGAGGGGCAUAUGUCAGCAGGAGGUGCAUGGGGUGCCGGAGGGGCAUAUGUCAGCAGGAGGUGCAUGGGGUGCCGGAGGGGCAUAUGUCAGCAGGAGGUGCAUGGGGUGCCGGAGGGGCAUAUGUCAGCAGGAGGUGCAUGGGGUGCCGGAGGGGCAUAUGUCAGCAGGAGGUGCAUGGGGUGCCGGAGGGGCAUAUGUCAGCAGGAGGUGCAUGGGGUGCCGGAGGGGCAUAUGUCAGCAGGAGGUGCAUGGGGUGCCGGAGGGGCAUAUGUCAGCAGGAGGUGCAUGGGGUGCCGGAGGGGCAUAUGUCAGCAGGAGGUGCAUGGGGUGCCGGAGGGGCAUAUGUCAGCAGGAGGUGCAUGGGGUGCCGGAGGGGCAUAUGUCAGCAGGAGGUGCAUGGGGUGCCGGAGGGGCAUAUGUCAGCAGGAGGUGCAUGGGGUGCCGGAGGGGCAUAUGUCAGCAGGAGGUGCAUGGGGUGCCGGAGGGGCAUAUGUCAGCAGGAGGUGCAUGGGGUGCCGGAGGGGCAUAUGUCAGCAGGAGGUGCAUGGGGUGCCGGAGGGGCAUAUGUCAGCAGGAGGUGCAUGGGGUGCCGGAGGGGCAUAUGUCAGCAGGAGGUGCAUGGGGUGCCGGAGGGGCAUAUGUCAGCAGGAGGUGCAUGGGGUGCCGGAGGGGCAUAUGUCAGCAGGAGGUGCAUGGGGUGCCGGAGGGGCAUAUGUCAGCAGGAGGUGCAUGGGGUGCCGGAGGGGCAUAUGUCAGCAGGAGGUGCAUGGGGUGCCUGUCAGCAGGAGGUGCAUGGGGUGCCGGAGGGGCAUAUGUCAGCAGGAGGUGCAUGGGGUGCCGGAGGGGCAUAUGUCAGCAGGAGGUGGCGCAUCAAAUGA